UUUGUGGGUUUUUCAUUUAUAGUGUAUUCGAUGAUGACAGAUUCUAUUUAGAAGAUAUUGAUCAGAGAGAGAGAGAGAAACGUAGCUCUCUAGAUAAAUUCUGGGUUUUUUGUUCCUAUAUCCCUUCAGAAAUAUCGGUGAUCGUCUAUGGAAAAUUGGAGCUGAUUCUAAUUUAGAGAGAGAUGGGAGGUUGCGUGUCGACGCCAAAGAGCUGUGUAGGAGCGAAGCUAAGGUCAAGUAAGCGAAGGAAGAGUCGUAAAAGACGAAAGAAUCAACGGAAGAGAGCCGCCUCUUCUCGUUUCUCUGACGGAUCUCUCGACAAUCUCGAUCAUCCUCGUAACUUCCCCAAUCCCAGUUUCCGAGCAAAUGGAGAAGAAUCAUGGUUCGAGUCCAAUGUCGCAUUUGAAACAGAUGGUGAUGAUGAUUUCCACAGUGUCAAUGAAGAUACAUUAUCUUCAAACGGAGGUGAGCGUGUAUCAGUCUCGAGUAGUGCGACCACAUCAUCAACACGAGACUCUGACUCAAACGAAGUGAUGUCACAAUCGAAAUCAUCAGAGGGUGACUUAAACGACACAAAGCAGCCUGAUCUCAUAGAUUCAUCAGCAGAUGAAGGACUCAUGGAAAACUGCAGGAUCUUACCGAGUAAUUGUUUGCCUUGCCUGAAUCCAAUAACCGUUGUUCCUUCUGCUGAGAAAAGAAGGUCACUUAGCUCUAGCCCUCCUAGUUCGAGGAAAAAAUCGUCUCUUAGACUAUCUUAUAAAUGGAGAGAAGGUCAUGCUUCAGGGGCCUUGUUUUUAUCAAAAUUGCAAUUGAAGAGACCAGUAGCGGGUUCUCAGGUUCCAUUCUGUCCAGUCGAGAAGAAAAUGCUCGAUUGUUGGUCAACUAUUGAUCCAAAUAGCUUUCGGGUUCGUGGCAAAACUUAUUUCAGGGAAAAGAAGAAAGAGUUUGCACCUAACCAUGCUGCGUAUAAUCCUUUUGGUGUCGAUGUUUUCUUGUCGGAACAUAAAAUAAACCAUGUCGCACAAUAUGUUAAACUCCCCGUUACUACCGCAUCCACAAAACUCCCAUCUAUCCUUGUUGUAAAUGUUCAGAUUCCAUUGUAUCCAACUGCAAUCUUUCAAGGUGAAUCUGAUGGAGAAGGAAUGAAUAUUGUUUUAUACUUCAAACUUUCGGAUAAUUAUGCAAAGGAACUUCCCCUCCAUUUUCAAGAAAGCAUUCGGAGAUUAAUAGAUGAUGAGGUUGAGAAAGUGAAAGGCUUCCCAAUGGAUACAACCGCGCCUUUCAGAGAACGGCUUAAGAUAUUGGGACGUGUUGCAAACGUAGAUGAUCUCCAUUUGAGUGCUCCAGAGAAAAAGCUGAUGCAGGCUUACAACGAGAAACCAGUUCUUUCGCGUCCGCAGCACGAAUUCUACUCGGGUGAAAAUUACUUUGAGAUCGACAUCGAUAUGCAUAGAUUUGGUUAUAUAUCCCGAAAAGGGUUUGAAGCAUUCAUAGAUAGACUCAAGAUUUGUGUUCUUGAUGUUGGCCUCACAAUUCAGGGAAACAAACCGGAGGAGCUGCCGGAGCAGAUUCUGUGUUGCGUCCGGCUAAAUGGCAUUGAUUUCAUGAACUAUCAUCAAUUAACUCAAGAACUCCUAUGACUUUAACCCAUCAUUUUUUUCUUCUCCGUCUUUGUUUUACCUUAAACAAAGAAACACAAAUGUAAAAGCAUCCCUUCAGAACCAAAGAACACAUAAAAAGGGUGAUGAUUUUCAAGUGAAUAUAUAGAAAUUUCGAAUCUUUAAUC